CCAGAGCCCUUAGUAGCCAUGAAAAAGUAGCUGUUACUAGUAGCUCAGUGUGUCUUCACCAUUAAUCACCUUUUAUUAAUCCUAGGCACUUGUUUACUAAAAGGAUUAAGUGGGUAACCAGUUUUAGACAUGCCUGGGGUUAGAGAGGAGGAAAAUGGUAUAUUGAAGUCUUUUCAUACUCAUUAUGGUUUCUCACGCAUACUAAGCUCUCUUUACAAAAAUGUAUAAAGUGCAAGUAGCGCUCCAUAGACCCAAUACAGUAAAGCAUUCAUUAUCCUGCAUAUAGUUUAUAGCUGGGGUCCCUUUCACGCACAUUCAUAAUCCUGAAGACUUUAUUUUAAGCCCCCCACUGUCGUUUUAUAUCUGUGUAUAUUAAAGUUUCCAUAUUUGCAGUCAGUGUAAACUCAUGUAAGUGUAAUAAAUGUAUAUUUACAGUAGGAUAGGAACACUUCAUUAUUGAUAUGAAACACGCCACUGAAUAUGUUAACCUUUCAAAUGGAUGUUGAAAUUGACGAGAGAGAAAAUUAAACACACACAGAAUUUUCUAAAGCAGCAGAGUAGGACAGUCAAUGAAUUUGUUAGUACAGGAACUUGGUUUUAAGUCUUUUUAUUUUUGCAGUCAAUUUGAAAUUAGACUGUAUGCUCUGGGGGCUAAAUAUACAAUUGCAAAUAUACAAUGCCCACCAACAGCCAUUGGAUCUUCGAAGAUGUAGUUCUAGGAAGCUAUUGCUGUUUUCCAAGCCAGUUAAUUUCGUCAGGCGCUCUUUGGAGAAGGCUACCCAAACGUGAAAAAAACAUAUUCAAUCCAUUAUAUAUUAGAAGAAAGGUUUAGUUCGCUAGCCAAGAUUUGCAAGGCUUGGGCUCAAGGGAUUUUAUACUUGCAUUAUUGGCUCGUGUAGUGUUCCAACAUGAUUCUCCUCAAAUAUUUGCUGGGUUUGGCUCUAGAUGUACUGGGAUGACGUAGGUUUAUCUUUGAGAACAUAAAGGCUCUAGUGAGGCUCAGAUGCAUUAUCGCAAGGAGAGGGAAUAACAGCAGAAUAAGUUCCAAUCCUGGCAUCCCCCACCCUAUGGACCAUGGGCUCCAUUGAAGCAGCUUGCCUUUGCAUCCUCUUACUUCUAUGUGGCAGUGAGGUGCAAUCACAGCCACCCUCCCCAGACCCUGGCUUUAAGGAUGAAAUAAAAAAGAUGGAGUGGCCUGUGUUUCUGCCACCAUACCGGGGGCCAAGAAUGACACCAUUUUGGAGGACAGUUGGGAGCAAACCUCUGGGAGCAUACUGCAACCAGGGCCUGGAAUGCACCACCAAGAUCUGCAGGAGGGGGCAGUGUGCAUAUCUUCUGCAGUACUGAUCUUCAAGGAUGCACGGUGCCACAUUAGCCUUCAAAUAUCAUUUAUAUCAAGGCCAUUGUACUCUCCCCAUAAGCUUAGUGUCAUCUGAAUGGCGGUUGUCAUAUUGCUCACCUUAGCAAAGCACUUCCUGUUAGUGAUUAGUGAGUCAGUUCAAAACCACAGCCAUGCUAGCUGGUAAGAAGGGUAAAUAUGUUGUAUAUUACUUUAGUUGUUAUUUGCUUCAGUCACUAGAUGGCAACACAGGAGGUUCUAGAAGUAAGUGCCCCUCAGUGUCAUUCAGGUGGAAGGGGAUUGACCUGGAAGUCCAUAUAAAAAGGGCUAAAUGACCCAGGCCAUUGGCUGAUUAUGGGCAGGACUUAUGAUGCCAUCGGCCUGAGGACAGUUACCUCUGAGAAGUGCCCAAGGUGAGCGUCUUCGUACUCAACGUUACUUAGCCAUUAUUUAGUUGGAAAGGGCAAAUGGCUAGGUAGAUGACUGAUCACCAUAAAGUGGCACCCCUUUCAUAGUUGCUUCCUCCUGGCCUAGACACCUAUGUGCCAAGUGGGCCCCCUGAGUUAAAGAGAAUCUCAGAAUGUGGGCAGUGGGAGAAGACAAACACAUAAAGCCUAAUAAAUACAACAAAAAGAACAACUAAAGGACUGGUGUGAAGCUGUGAUGGUGACUGUGAAUAAAAUCUAUUCCUGAGUUCAUCUGCAA